UUACAAACUAUUCGUAGUUAGAAUUGGUUUUUUUAACCUUUUGUGAAAUUCGCUUUCAUCGGGACAAUUUUGCACGUGAGCAAAACUAUUAAUCAUUUAUUUAUUAACAUGAUAUCAGGAAAUAAUCUAGGUUUUGAGAAUCCAGGAGCUUAACAGUUAUACUUAACGGUUGUAACCAAAAUUAAUAAAAUAUUCAUGUCAUCAACACAUCCAUUCAAAUCAAACAACUUACACGAUCCUAAUUUAAGACAUCUAUUUCUGGAAGAUCACAGGCUCAAAUUAGUCAAAGAUCUUAACUGGGAACAUACUUUAGACCAUAAAACACCAGAAUCAGUGUCCCAUAGCGAUGUCGACUGUUAUCCAAUUAAUUAUGCAUCAAGGUUGGUGAAGAAUGUUGGAAGCGAGCCACAGAGUCAUUAGGACUUGGCUUUAAGCUUUGCUUUCACAUUCCCGUAAAGGAAAAUCAGAUUUAUUGGUUGAGAUCAUUGUAAUUAUAGAUGGAUUGUUAUAGAAUAGUUUUUGUUGAAGUGGUGAAGGGGUAUUUGGGAGAAACUGGGUGCGCUUUUUUAUCGCGUUAGAUUGAAUGCCUUGACAAUCAGAUGGUUUUUUUUUAUUAUGUUCCUUUUAGCCUAGGUGAAGACUAUUUUAGUGGGGAAACAUUAUUUUUUUGCAAUAAAUCAUUUUUCGUUUUUAACUAUCUAGUAUCAAGUUUCUUUGGAAACCAAUUACCGAUUACAUACAACGAAAAAUCCUCUCUCGAGGUCAUUAAUGCUCAUGGGUCAUUUAAAGCCUUUAAGUUCGGCUAGUUUCAUAUUUAUUCAAAAAGUUUGAAUGGCAUGCAAGCGUCGAGAGUAUCUACCCAGUAAACAAACGAAAGUUUCUGUCUCACUUUCUUAAGUAAACCAACUCCAAGAACUUCCAAAAAAAUCAGAAAUCGGUUGCACAAACUGCGGUUAAAACAAUAAACUAUCGCAAUAUGUUAAAUAUGGGGCAAUGCACCAUUGUUAAUAGCUUUUAUGGUAUAUACCUGGUCGUAUAUGGAUGUGUCGAAAACAGAACAAUACGGUGAAACUAACUGGAAUUAUAUUUAGGUGGAUGUAGAGAUUAGUGCGUAUUAGUAACAAUUCUUACUCUACAUAUUACAAGGGUUCUACUAAGCUAAUAAUUUCCUUUUUGUUUUAAAGAGACAUCGCUCUACACCAUGUAGUGCCAUCUCUGUUCCAAGCAUACAACAAGUCUUUGCUUGAAGAAACCAUUUCUGAAAGGCACGUUGGAAACAAAUUGUAAUUUCUAUAUAUUUGAGAAUUUCUUAUAAACUUUAUCGGUUUUAGAAGUAUCGUUGGCUAGAUGGCUUGUACUUUUGACGUACUCACAAAAAAAAGAUGUUAUUACAAUUCAAACAGCCUUCAGACUUAGUAAGACUACUAAGGCCCGGUUUCACCAACAUAGUAUAAGUCUUAGUACAAGAAUAAAUCGUUAAUUACUCUCGAGUAUAUCCAUUUUACGUUUCACCAACAUUUAAACUAAUGAUAAAACCUCUAUACUAGAAUAAGGUCAUAUACCGCCAAUUUCGGUCAUAUAAGCUGCUAAUCUUUGGUUAGAAGUGUCACUGUCAAGUCAGUUCAUCGCAUUUAAAAAAUGGCGCGCCGUUUGUAUGCAUUAAUAAAUGAAACCGAUAGCGAAGAUGAUGAUUAUUUUUGUCCUCGUCCACGGUGGUUUAAGGAAAGGGCUAAUUAUUUUGAAGAGUACGACGAACACGAUUUUGUGAUAAGAUUUCGCUUAUCCAAGGAGGCAACAUUAAGUUUACUGGCAAAAAUCGAGCACCGCUUGGAGUAUACAUCAGAUAGAAAUAAGCCAAUAUCGCCUGUCAAUCAAUUAUUAGCUACAUUAAGAUUUUACGCAACAAAUAAUACCCAAAUGAGCAUUGGUGACUUUGUCGGUAUCAGUACACCAACGUCACACAGAGUUAUUCACCAAGUCAGUGCAGCAAUAGCAUCGUUGCACAAAGAGUAUAUCCGAUUUCCAACAACACGCGAGGAAAUACGAAAAGAACAGGAUUCAUUCUUUCAAAUCGCUAGAUUUCCGCGAGUCAUUGGUGCAAUGGAUUGUACUCAUGUCCGUAUAUCCUCACCAGGUGGAGAUCAUGCAGAACUAUAUCGCAACAGAAAGGGCUACUUUUCCAUCAACGUGCAAACUAUUUGCAAUGCAAACUUGGAGAUCACUGAUAUAGUAGCCCGGUGGCCAGGUUCAUCUCACGACAGCACUAUAUUCAAUAAUAGUUGCAUAAAAAGUAAGUUUGAAACUGGCCAGUAUGGCAAUGCUUUGCUGUUAGUAGAUGGUGGGUAUGCUUCCACUUCGUACAUGAUGACGCCUUUAGAGAACCCUAGGACUCCAGUGGAACAACUCUAUAACGAGUCACAAAUACGGACUCGUAAUCCUGUUGAAAGGUCAUACGGGAUCUGGAAGAAACGGUUUCCUGCAUUGGCCUUAGGGCUUCGCACUAAGCUGGACAAGUCUUUGACUAUUAUUGUAGCCACUGCCGUGUUGCAUAAUAUGUUGAUGCAACGAGGUGAAGUCAAUCCCAUUGAUGAUCCCGCACUACAACUUCCAGCUCCAUGGGAUGAACUUUUACACCAUGGUCAGAUAACUCAGCAACCACAACAUCCACAACAAUACAUCAGGCCCAAUUCAGUGCGAGAUGCUAUCAUUAAUAAUUAUUUUCAAAGUAUAUUGUAACCAAUAAAACAAAUUUUAUAAGCAAUAAAUAUUUAUUUGCGUUUUUUUGUCUCAACUCUAAAAGUAGCAACCUAGUUUUAAUUUUUUCUUGUUUUAAAAUUUCUUGUUGUAUAUCCAUUUGGAUUUCAAACAAUUUUUUAGCUUCUUCUCUCUCAUUAGCUGCAUGCUCGAUUUGGACAUUAAUAGCCUUCCCCUUCAACUCCUGCAAGUUUUCAAGAGAGGCUCUCGUAAGUUGCGGCCGCCUUUUCGACAUCCAUUCAAGUCGUUUUCCUGAAUAAGGCCUUUUUUUGCCUGAAGGUUUCAAUUGUUCUGAAACAGGCGUUUUUAGACAGUUUGGAGUGUAAUCGCCCCAAUCCUAAAAAA